AUGUUUAUUGGAAGGUUGAGGCUGCUUCUCUGUAGCAUAUUCGAGGCUGUUAUCUGGCAGGUGGUGAUUAUUGAAGGAGGGGAUAUUCAUGUGGUUGCCAGGCAUGCCGCAAAUUCAGUUAUGGUGUCUUCUGGUGUAGGGUACACAGGUGAUAAAUCGUUAGAUGUCACAACUGGAGGAUGUGAAAAUUUCUUCCACUGCCACACAUGUGGUUGUUGCUACUCAACUCAGCUGAAAAACAGUCACCCUUGCGUGGAAGGAGCAAUACAUCACGAUUGCCCCAUUUGUUUUGAGUAUUUGUUUGAAUCUGUAAAUGAUGUCACUGUUUUGCUCUGUGGACAUACAAUACAUAAGAGCUGCUUGAAGGAAAUGAGGGAACAUUUCCAGUAUGCAUGCCCUCUCUGCUUAAAGUCAGUUUGUGAUAUGUCAAAGGUUUGGGAGAAAUUUGACUUGGAGAUUGCUGCUACACCAAUUCCAGAACCGUAUCAAAACAAAAUGGUCAGCAUCCUUUGUUUUUCCUUUCUAUAUGAUGAUGUUGGAUAUUGUAGGUCAUCAUCAUGUUAACCAUGCAACAACUAAAAUAUAUAUUCCUUGAUUUUGUUGGUUAAACUGUUGAGAUAACAUAAUAUACAAUAAGCAGUCAUUGUUUGAUGAUUGUUCAUCUUCU